AUGAGUGUGGAGCUGAAUCCCAGGUUCUCAGAGUCGCUGGUUCUGGACGACUCGACUCGAGGAGUGGUCAUCACCGACAUCAAGGACGACAGAGUGGCCCAGAACACAGGCCUACAAGCAGGAGAUGAGAUUGUGGCGGCCACCAUCCACCUGGACCAUCUGAACAAGGAGCAGGUUCUGUCCAUCCUGAAGGCUAUGGAGCCCUACGACAACAACAUAAGAGUCCUCACCAAAAAGGAGCUCGGGGGCAGCGCCAACAUUAGCCUGGAUGGGAAGUCCCCCUCGAUGUCAGUGAAUGGUCUGGACCUGAACGGAGACCUGAGUGCAGGACUACCCAAACUCAACGGAGGGGUCCCAAGUCUGGGUCUGUCCGGUCCAAACUUGAAGACUCCAGAUUCUGGUCUGAGUCUGUCCGGUCCAAACCUGAAGACCCCAAAUUCUGGUCUGAGUUUGUCGGGUCCUGAGAUAAACGGAGACCUGAGCGCUCCAAAGACCUCACUGAAUCUCCAAACCCCAGAUACACCGGCCACAGGCUUCAAUUUCAAAGCCCCAAAGUUCAGCAUGCCGGACUUCAACCUUCCCAAACGCUCAGUUCCAGAUGUAGACCUCGAUGUUCCGGACAUUGAUGUUCCGGGUCUCAGCGCAGACCUCAAAGCCCCUGAACUAAGCGCUCCGAAGCUUAGCGCAGACCUCAGCACUCCAAACCUAUCUGCGCCCGAGCUCGACCUGAAGCCCGCAGACCUGGAUCAUGGCGUCAACUGGCCGCACCGCAAGUGGAAGGUGAAGGGGAAAGUGCCAGAUCCGAGCAUAGACGUAAACGCGCCUGAAAUAGACAGCCCCAAAGUCUCGCUCGACGGCGACCUGAACGGUGGGGUAAACUGGCCCCAUCGGAAGUGGAAGAAACCGAAGGGGCUUAAACUCGACGCAGACACAGAUUUGAAUAUGCCCAAAAUUGAUGCGAAUCUAGAAGCUCCCAAUGCAGACGUCAAUCUUCCGGAUGCUAACGUGAAGGGCGACAUUAACUGGCCGCAUCAGAAUUGGAAAAAGCCUAAACUCCCAAAGGCAGAGCUGAAUGCAGACGCGGAUCUGUCUCUACCUAAAGUUGACGCAGAGAUAAACGCGCCAAAAGCAGAAGUGGAUCUCCCAGACGCUAACGUGAAAGGAGACAUUAACUGGCCGCAUUUGAAUUGGAAAAAGCCUAAACUCCCAAAAGCUGAUUUAAACGCAGACGCGGAUCUGUCUCUCCCUAAAGUUGACGCAGAAAUAAAUGCUCCAAAAGCCGAUCUUAACGGGCCAAAAAUCAGAUUUCCAACGCUGAAAAAAAAGAAAUUUAACGUGAACGCGGAUUUGCCCGAUGCGUCAUUGAAUGCUCCAAACCUGGAGUUCGACGCGACUAAGUUAGAGGGAGGGGGAGAGCUGCCAGACGCCAGCCUCCAGGGUCCCAACGUGGACUUGAACGGCCCUGACCUGAAGCCAAAAUGGUGGAAGUUUGGGACUUGGAAGAAGAAGGACGUGGACACACAGAUAAAUUCUCCCGAUCUGAAUUUACCAAACAUCGACGGAGAUGUUAAGAUCGAGGCGCCAGAUGUAAAUGCAGACUUGAAAGCACCGGCUGUAGAUAUAGAUGCGCCAAGAGGAAAUUUUAAAUUGCCAAAUCUAAAACUGCCCAAGAUUAAAACAAAAGAUCUGGAUGCAGAGAUAGAAGCUCCAGAUCUGAACGCUCCCAAAAUAGAUGCAACAAUAGACGCUCCACAUCUUAACGCGGAGCUACCGGAAGUGAAGAAACCAAAAUUCAAGCUGUUCGGGCUGAACGGGCCACGCGUCAAAGCAGACACCGACUUGGACCUGAAAGGGCCCAACAUAGACGCAGACGUAAACGCUCCCAACAUGAGUGUCAAUUUACCAGACGGCAACCUGGACGCACCGAGCCUCAAUGCCGACGCCAACAUGGGCAGCAAAAUCAACUUCCCUACAAUCAACUGGCCCAAAGUCAAAACGCCGAGUCUGGACGCAGAAGCUCCAGAUUUGAGCCUGAAAUCCUCCGACCUGAAUCUGGAGGCCCCUAAACUCAGCGGUGAUUUAGAUGGGGCUAAAGUGGAGCUCCCAGAUGCAGAUUUUGACGCUCCUUCUGGGAAAUUCAGAUUACCGAAGAUAAAAUGGCCAAAAAAGUCAAUUGACACGGAUUUGGACGUGGCGCCUCCAGACGUGGAUCUGAAAACACCAAAGUUAGACACAGAUCUUGAUGUGAAUUUGCCCAAAGUUGACGCAGACGUAGACACGCCCAGAUUCAAACUGCCCAACCUCAAAUGGCCCAAAAAGUCUAUAGACGCAGAUCUGAAAACCCCGGAUCUGAAACUCGGAGCACCAGAGAUCGAUGGUAAAUUAUCAGCUCCAAAAGUGGAUCUGGAAACCCCAGACUUAGCGGCAGACGUCAACCUAAAGCCUCCAGCAGGGGGCAUUAAACUCCCGUCCUUCAGUCUCCCAAAACCAGCCGCCGACAUCAACCUACCAGACAUGUCCGCUCCCAGUUUGGAUGCUGGACUUUCGGCGCCAAAAGUUGAUGCCAGUUUGCCGAAUUUUAGUUUGCCUGAGGCUGAUUUGAGUUUACCCAGAGUAGACGUUAACGGACCCUCCUCUUCCGGCCUUAAACUUCCAAACCUCAAUCUGGGCGCGCCCAAAAUCAAUGCAGAUUUAUCCGCUCCAAACUUAAACGCCAAUCUCCCGUCAGCAGAUCUGUCCUCGCCGACACUUGAUGCAAACAUUGGAGGAUCUAAGUUACCUCACUUCAAAAUGCCUUCUCUCAAUCUGUCCGGUCCUGACCUGGAACCUCCCAGCGCCGAUGCUAGCCUCUCUGCGCCCAGGAUGGAUGUGAGAGCUCCAGAGAUCGAUGCGAGUGUUUCCAGUGUUGAUGCCAGCGUUGAGAAGCCAAAGCUGAAUUUCAAGUGGCCCAAGAUGAACUUAGGCAGAACCAAAAGCACCGAGCUCGAGGCAGAAUUACCCAAAAUCGAUGGUGAAAUUGAAACUCCAAAUCUGACGACGCCGGAUGUUAGCGCUAGCGUAGAUAGCCCUUCACUGGAGCUGGGUGCGGCGGGGGGCGUGGAUGCUGAGGCUAAAGGCUCCAAGCUGAAGCGUCUGUUCAAUUGGCGCUCGAAGACCAGAGACGAGGAGAGCAGCGGUGCUGAGUCGGACCGGGAUCUGGGUGACACAGAGGUGCAGGUCCCGGCGUUUGUAUUCCACAGACUCCCUGAGAACAAGCGUGACAACUUCGGGGUCUUAGACAGCAUCAGCUUAGUCAGCCGCGACCUGGAGAACAAGGAUUACGUGGUGAGCAAAGGGAUCCGCCUGCCGUUUGUAAAUGCAGCAGCGCCGACGGGGGAGAGAGUGGACAUCUCUGAGCGCCUGAAGCUGUCGCGGGAGAAGUCCUCGUCCACAUGCACGUCUCCCACCGACUCCAACCUGGAGCUAAACCUGGGCGGAGUAGGCGUAGCUGCAGAGGGCGGGGCAGGCGCAGCUGCGGAGGGUGGGCUCGGUGGCUCCAUCCUGGGCCUCAUCAGCGACAGAAGCGAUGAAGACAAGAAGCUGUCAGUGGGUCUGACCAACAUGCUCGGCCUCAACGUGGAGUGA